CACACAAAAUAACUGAAUGGCCAAUUCAAUUUUCGGACUCAUACAAGAAUGGAAAACUAGAGCAUUUUAUCCAUAGGUGAAUGAAAAAUCGUCUAAUUUACCAUGUUCCCAGAAAAAAAAGAUAUUUGGAGAAAGGACGAACACGAUUGAAGUGGCUAUACAUACAAAUCUAUGUACGGAUGUAUAUAAUAGUAUCUACAAAGGAUUAGUUCACUUCCUCAGCUGUUUCUCUCUUCAUAAUCAAGCCAGUAGCUGUCUUUUAACAGUAAACAACAUAUUAUUCUCAGCUCACCCUUAGAUUGCACCUUUUCACCUAGCAAUUUCUGUCGUCACAGUACCCCACAAACUUUUUCCCCAAACCGCUUAUCACAUCUUUUUUCUUUAAUUAUUUUGGAGCAAGAAAUCAACCCACAGCUUACUAUAUAACUGGCACACAUUCUCCUUCUCCCCCAUCAUCUGACAACUUCAAAUUGAGCUAAAUCAAGAAAGAAAAAUGGAUUACAACUUAGCGUCACCUUUUCUUGUCUUGAUCCUCUUCUUGCUCCAAUUCACUUGCAUUUUGGCUCAAGCACCUGCUAUGGCUCCAAUGCCACCAACUCAAUCUUCGGCUCCGGCUUCACUUCCCCUGGCUCAAUCUUCUGCUCCGGCUUCACCACCACCAACUAUUUCUUCUCCUCCGGCACCAAUAUUGUCCCCAAUUGUAGUUUCUGCUCCGGCUCCAGGACCAUCUGGUCCGCCAAACGUGAUAAAAAUCCUUGGGAAAGCUGGAUCAUGUUCGACGUUCAUCAAGUUGUUACAAAUCACUCAUGAAGUUGGUGAAAUCACUUCAUAUCUAAACAAAUCCAACAGCUUAACCAUGUUUGUUCCACCAGAUGGUGCUUUCUUGAACCUGAAAACUGGCACCCUCAACUCUUUCAGCGAUCAGCGGAAAGCUGACUUGGUUAAAUUCCAUAUCCUCCCCUCAUAUUUCUCCCUGUCGCAGUUCCAAACGGCUAGCAACCCUGUACCAACACAAGCUGGAGGAACCACUAAUCGUGAAUUCCCCAUCAACAUAACCACAAAUGGGACAGCAGUGAACAUAACAACCGGAAUUGUGAAUGCAAGUCUGACCAGUACAAUUUACACUGACAAUCAAUUAGCUAUUUACCAAGUGGAUAAAGUACUGCUUCCUUUGAAAUUCUUUGUCCCACCAUUACCACCAGCACCUGCUCCAGAGCCAUCAAAGCCACAGAAGGAUGAUCCUUCCUCGGAUUCUUCCUCCGUUAAUGUUGUUCCAUCUGGUGCCACUUCUCUUCUUCCCCACAUGUUCCGGGGAAUGGUCUAUCCUGGCUCCUUUUUCUUCUUCUCUGUUUUCUCUGUGUAUAUGAGCUAAUCAGUUGCAUGCAAUACCAGCAUGCUUGUUAUAUUUUGUUAUGUAUACUCAAGUGAAACUUCAUAAGAUGUUAAUUUUCGUGAGCUA